AUAUGAAAAUGCGAAAAUGCGAAAAUGCGAAGGUUAACCGGGGAUUGAAAACGGCUACGCAUUACGCGGGCGUAUUACUUGGCGUCGUUGAACGCCAGUGAAAGUUACUAUGAAAUAUUGAAAAGAACUAGGUGGUCGCGCGCAUGCGCAAUGGACGUUUCGAGAAGCGAAUCCCAAUAUCAUAUAACGCUAAAUGUAUUUUUAAAUGUCUUUUUACGAUAUGGAAGAAAUCUCCGCAGAGGAUCUUUGCGAUCCUCUGAAAGAAUAAAAGUAGAAUAAACGGAAGAAGAGGAUAAUUAUCGGAGAAGGAAGUGCAAUUUAAGGACAAAGACGAGAAACCGAGUUGAGGAGAAUUAACCCUUUAGCUAAAGAACGCCUAAAGCCGUCCGACGUUUGGUCCAAUAUCCCCUGCCCGGUCAGACGAAUUUCGCCCUUAUGUCGAAAUGACUCCUUGCUCAAAGGGUUGAUGGAAAGAAGCGGGAUAAAAAGAAAACCGAAGAUUAAAAUGAAAGUAAUAGAGAGUGAGCGAUGAAAAAUUAGAAUCGAGGAGUAGGAGAAAGGGGAGAGGAUUUUUUAAUCGGGUUUCAGGAGUGGAAGAGAAUUUUCCAGCGCUGUUAUCAGCUGGAUGUAAAUCGCAAUUUUCUUAUCAGCUGGAUGAAAUUUGGCUUUUACUGGAAAAAGGAUUCUCUUCGUGGUUAAACGCCCCGAGGGACCUGCAAAUGAUGAAGUUUAAUUGCACUGUGAUAUUCUACGGAGCUUUACUCGGCCAAAGAGGAUUUUUCCCGGUGGACUCGUUUCGAAGAAUGCCGACAUAGGAAGAAAUAUUCUUCCAAAAGUGGAUAUAUAAUAUUGAGAAAUUAUUUACAUAUUUUCGAGGGUAUCCAUAUCCGAUAGCGAUGAUAAAGUAGGAAUCUUCUUCUGCUCUUCUCGUGGGAUAAUUUCGAAAAAGGAAGGAAAAAUUUAUUCACGCCCAAGAUUGGAUGUUGGAUAAAUAAAAGACUAAAGAUAUCAAGAAAACGUUGAAAGAAAAAAGUGGGAAUUAUUUCCACAACAUUUUUUUAUAUACAUAUUGAUAAUGGACUUUAUGUGAAGAAAUGCUCUAUUUGUAUCCAAAGUUGGAUUAAUGAUAAUCAUUAAGAAUUUCGAGGAUUAUGGAUAAUGGAGUGCCUCAAAGUAAUGAAAAUAAAGGAGAUGCAAUUAUUUUUCCUAACCAAAAAUAUGACUACCUGAUUAUGGACAGAAAUUUGGUUUUAAAAUUAAGGAUCGAUAUUAUUGUUAAUCGAAAGUAUUAAUGGACAUAUGAUUAAUAUUAAUACCGUAGCGAUGAUAACUUGAGAAGGGAUAUUUUAUUAUCCACGUUUAAUUGUAUGAGGAUACCCAAGAUUAUUAAUAAGUUAAUUGAUAAUAUUAAAGGAGGAGCCAAUUAUUAAGAGGAAUUAAUUGGAACUCACCAAAGUCUCCAAAGAUCAUUAAAGACGAUGAAAAGUGGAGAUGAUAAAUGAACGAGUGAUAUUAAGGAUCCGAGGGGUCAUCCAAAGAUCAUUAAGAUAUUAAUAUAAUUUGAUGGUUAAGGAUACUUUAAUUAACUGGCAUUAUGAUUACCCUAUCGUUAAUGUCAAUAUAAUGGAUAACGAUAUCGAUAAGGAGUCGUUUUUUUGAUAACGAGUGAUCAAUGCACAGAAACAUCAGCGGGACAAUCAAAGGAUUGCGAAUGAGAAAAAAUUUGAGGUCAUUAAGAUUUGGACCCCGUUUUAAGGAUAUCCAAAUCAUUAAGGUCAUUACUUUAGAUAUCAGAGAUCUGAUUAAAAAAAUAAGUGAAGCCCCGAAACAUCAGCGGGACGAUAAAAGGAUUACAAAUGAGAGGAAAUUCAAGGAUCAUUAAGGAUCACGAUCCACUUUAAGGACACCAAAAUCGAGGUUAAGGUACCAAAAAUCGAAAUUAAGGACACCUAAAUCGAGGUUGAGAAUACCAAGAUCGAGAUUAAGGACACCAAAAUCGAGGUGAAGGUACCAAGAUCGAGGUUAAGGCACCAAAAUUGAAAUUAAGGACACCAAAAUCGAAAUUAAGGACACCAAGAUCGAGGUUAAGAACACCAAGAUCGAGAUUAAGGACACCAACAUCGAUGUUAAAAAUACCAAAAUCGAGAUUAAGGCACCAAAAUUGAAUUUAAGGACACCAAAAUCGAGGUUGAGAAUACCAAGAUCGAGAUUAAGAACACCAACAUCGAGGUUAAAAAUACCAAGAUCGAGGUUAAGGCCCCAAAAUCGAGGUUAAAGACACCAAAAUCGAGGUUAAGAAUACCAAAAUCGAGAUUAAGGACACCAAAAUCGAGAUUAAAAAUACCAAGAUCGAGGUCAAGGCACCAAAAUCGAGGUUAAGGACACCAAAAUCGAGGUUAAGGGCGCUCCAAAUCCCAGAUGAAACUCCGAAAAUCCAGUUCAUCCAGCCCAAAGAUGGAGCUCCUAUCCCGGAGGACAACCAACGGAAUAUCCAGCCUGAAGAGGUCGAGGUCCUUCCGGGCGUCGAUGCGAUUGGUCACGAAAAUCCGAAACCACGCGAGUCUCCGGUUGACCUCGGGCUUUGACCUCUCCCCGGUGUCCUUGACCCCGGAAGGACCAGGGCCAAGGUUCAACGACCUCUCGACGACCUUAAAUCAGGAGCCAAGGGCGCCCACGAAGGUCAAGGACGCCAUUUCGAAAAUGAAUUCGAGGAGUCCUAGCGAGGAUAAGGGUAAGGAUAUGAAGAGAGGUCAGAAGACCUCGAAGGACAUCCAGGAUAAAAAGGACGGCAAGAUGAAGUUAUCAUUUGCUGACAGGAUCAUGAGACGAAGAAAAGGACGAAGACAGGAGGAAGAGAAAAAGGAUGUCCUCGAGGUAUCCGAGGUCGAUAAGGUCCCUGGAAGGAUCGAGGAAGAGGUCACUCGUUUGGAUGUCCUGGAAAGGAAGAUGUCCUGUGGAUUUCUCGUGGGGGACAUGAACUCUUAUGAAAAUCCUACGUUCUGUUUGGAUAGUUCCUCGGAGGCGAUUCUUGAGGACGAGGACGAGGACGAGGGUCGAGGAUCACGUGGGAAGGACAUCCCAUCCAGGAUGUCCUCAAGCGGCACUUUUCGGUUAAGAAAGGACCUCGAAGAUGAGGCGACUUUUCCAGAGGAAGUUUGGACUAAAUCUCUGGAUGAGGUCAAUUUCGGGAGGUCCUGUGGGAGGGAGGAUCGCAGCAUAUCCUCGAAGGAUAUCUCGUGGAGGUCCGAAUGCGGACUUGGAAAAUUCCAGGACGAGGACGAUGAAGUCGGGAGGGUCGAGAGGACGUCCUGGAAGGUCGAUAAAGUUCCAGGAAAAUAUGGAAAAGGAACGAAAGGUAUCACACGUGGGACGUCCUUCGAAAUUCCUGGAAUCGAGGUCGACGAAAAACUGGAUAAAUGUUUAAGAGUCCUUGAGGUUAAAAUCGUUAAUAUCUCACGGAAGAAUAAUGAGCUGCGAGAUAAACUCCGGCUUGCAAGAUUUGAAAAAAUUCCAGGAAUCGAGGUCCUCAAAAAUGAGGAUAAAGUUCCGAGUGUCGGAAAUUGUCAGGACCUAAUUGAUAAUAUGCAAAGGGAGAAUAAUGCCUGUUAUACGAUACGAGAUAAACUCCAGAAUGCAAGAUACGAGAAAAUUCCAGGAAUCGAGGUCUUCAAAAAUGAGGAUAAAGUUCCUAGCGUCGGAAAUUGUCAGGACCUAAUUGAUAAUAUGCAAAGGGAGAAUAAUGCCUGCUAUGCAAUACGAGAUAAACUCCGGCAUGCAAGAUUCGAGAAAAUUCCAGGAAUCGAGGUCCUCAAAAAUGAGGAUAAAGUUCCGAGCAUUGGAAAUUGUCAAGACCUAAUUGAUGAUAUGCAAAGCGAGAAUAAUGCUUGCUAUGCGAUACGAGAUAAAUUCCGGCAUGCAAGAUUCGAAAUAAUUCCAGGAAUCGAGGUCCUCAAAAAUGAGGAUAAACUCUCCCUGGAUAAGAACCUUAAAGAUAAGGUCGAUCGUAUCCCACGGGGGAAUGAUAGCCAUCAUAGGGAGCGAGACGAAUCGCUGCCUGCAGAAUUCCUGGAAAUUCCUGGAAUCGAGCUCGACAAAAAUCAGGAUAAAUCCUCGCGGAUCCUUAAGGAUAAUAUCCCGCAGGAUGAAACUAUCCUUAAAAAAUCCAACAACGAAACAAAAAAUAUAUCCCAAGACGAUCCCGAAAAUGAAGUCGACCAAAAUCAGGAUAAACAUUCGCGAACGCAGAUCCUUAAGGAUAAUAUCCCGCAGGAGGAAAAUAUCCUUAGAAAAUCCAACAGCGGGUCAAGGAAAAUCCACCAUUCAAAAUCCCUGGAAAUUUCCCGAACCGAGGUCGAGGAAAACCAGGAUAAGUUCUCGCAGGACUUUAAGGAUGACGUCCCUCGGGAUAUCCGGGACUUCGGCGGAAGUAGUCCCGGAUAUCCUUCGAGAUCGAAAACUCGAACUGUCGACAACAUCGCGAAUUUUCUGGGGGGAAGAGGGACCAGCUUCAGGACGAAGAAAAGUGGCAGGAAGAAAGUCCUGAAGAAUCUCUCCAAGGACGCCGAGUCGACCAAUCAGCAUCGCUCUAUGGUCACGACCACUUCCGGUUCAAAACUGCAAUCCCGACAAGGAAUGGAGUUCCUGGAGGGUUUUGGAAAAAAGAAACAGCCAUCAAAUCCGACGCAGUUGACCCUUAUCAACCCCUUAUCAGCACAGCCUUCCCUCAACAUACACCUGCAUGCACUUUUUGCCGCGGUCGAGCACGGCCAGCUGGACAAGGCGAGAACGAUUUUGGAGUUGAAAGGGGUAAAUGUAAACAGUGUAAAUAGCGACGGUUUGUCGCCCCUCGACGUGGCGGUGCUCAGCAACAAUAGACCCCUUGCGAAGAUGCUUGUGGCCUUCGGUGCACAAGAGGGCAAUCAGUUCGAGUCCCCGGAGUCCCUAGGGACCCACCUGGCGUCGUUGCUCUCGGAAGCGGAACACAGGGUCCAGGAAUUGGGAGGAAGCUCUUCCACUGGUGGCAGUGGCUCGUCCCUCCUGGAGCCACCGUCCCACAGGUCCAGCUUUUCUGCACCGCACAAUAACCUUACUUGUAGUGGAGGCAAUGCCGAAGACAAACAGCUGGCUCUCUGGGAAAGGAGGGCGAGAGCCCUGAGGAAAAUGUUGUUGGGAUUCGACCAAGCAAGACCACCAGACGCACCAUUUCUAGUGGCAGUGGAUGUGACCGGAACCACAUCUGUCAGCGUAAGGUUCCAGGAACCGGAGUCCCACGAUUCCCCAAUUUGCACAAAGUUCAAAGUCCAGUGGAGCACCAAGGAGGACUUUUCCACGAUCUGUGCAGAGAGAGAAGUCCUGGACAUGAAGCAACGAGAGUGUAGGGUCGAGAAUCUUAUCCAGGGGCAGAGAUAUUACUUCAGGGCGGCUGCUGGGAACCUCAAGGGGUACAGCAGUUUUAGGCCUUCGACGCCUUCCCACGUAACACCAAGCAGUUGGAGAGACGUGGAUGGCAGAACUCCCAGGUUCGCAGGUCGACUGGAGCAGCUCGACACACUUUUCACCGACAUCAGGGGCCCGGAGUACACCCAGGAGACGCCAGCAGUCCAACGACGCAACCACAAGAAAAAGACGACGAUAAAGCAGCUCUUCACGGCCACCAGCAAGUUCCAAAAAAAUCUAAGACGUGGGGUGUUCCUGGCCUGCCUGCUCUACCACGAGGACAAGGUGCUGGUCACCAACGAAGACUUCCUGCCAGUCAUCGAAGUCGAUGAGACCUAUCCCAGCUGCAUCUACAACGAUUUUCACUGGCUGAUGAAGGUUGCCUGCACCUGGGACGAUGUCAAAACUCUCCGACAGGACAUGGAGAAGAGCCACAGUAGCUCUACGAACCACUUCCGAAUAAAAUUACUGCAGGCUGCGGCUCAGAUGCAGGCCGCUCUCUGCAUCCAAGACCUGGGCCAGCUGUACCACAAACCGAUCAGAGACAUCCAGGGUACCCUGGUGUUCUCCACCGUCAACUACGUGGAAUCCCCGAAGCUGGUAUCGGUGCUCAACAGCAGGUGGCUUCCCCUCAGCAAAGUCAUCAAGAAAGUCAUCACCCACGAGGACAGCAACGUCGCCGACAUCCUGAUGGCCAGCAUACAGGAGCAGAUGACGUACCACCGGGUCAGCAGCAUCAGAUUGUCCAGAGGACUCUACUUGGGGUACCUGAAGAUGCAGAGCAGCGUAGACCUCAUCCAGGUCGUCGUCCCGACGAAGGCGCCGAACGUCCUUCCCCACUGCAAGAUUCGCGACAAUCCUCACGUAUCUGCCGAAGAGUGGGACUACCUGAAGAGGAUGACGAGGGUCCAGAUGAGCGACUCCUCGUCCACGCAGGACCUGGAGGAGAAAGAGAACGCGGCAAACGAGAUGCAAGGAACGGAGCAACAGAGACUGUUCAUCGACCUGGUGUCGGCGACGGCACGUCGACUCUUCGCCUACAUGGAGAUCAGCCCCGAAGACUCCCUGGUGCACAGAUUGUACGACGCGGAGGUGAUCGACCUGACGCACGACGUGUCGUUCCUGAUCGCGGUUCCGCCUGCGGAAACCGCGUGCUCGGUCCCGGGGACCAGGGAGAUCCUCCUGCAGAGGGGCGACCUGCUGUCUUUACCGAUCCAGGUCUUCGAGAUGGUGCACCUGAACACCUACCAGAAGGACGUGAUCAACAGGUACUCCAGGCUCAGCUGCAUCCUGGAGCUGGACACGGCGCAGGCGCAGCACAACCACCGGGAGGCGUUUAGCUCCUCGGAGCUGAGCCUGGCCAAGGACAAGCUCACCAGGUUGCAGGACCUCCAGAGCCAGGUCAACGUCGUCUGGAAGGGCGCCAGGUGGCUCAUCGACGUCAUCACCUUCGCCAGGGAUCGCGGCUCUUCUCAGCAGAACAUAUCCGCCCAGGCGGCCGGGAUUUGCAUGAAGCUGCUGCUCAACCUCGACAGGAACAAGAACGGCAACAGUCUGAAGCGCAGUUUGCUCCAGCUGCCGCCGAGGGACCCAAAAUUGGUAAAGUCCAGCCCAGGUCGAGGAAGCUGGCCAGGACCCAACAUCGCCAACUCCUCGACGAACCUCCUGAACACCGAGUUCAGCAAGAGCGAGCAACAGCUUCCCAGUGGCCAGUACGUGCGGAAGGGGAGCAACAGUUCCAAUCUUUCCACCGGCUCCGAGCCGAGCAAGUUCUCCGUCCCGGUCAGCCUGGCUCCAGGUCGCGCCUCCAGCCACCACCUGGUGCCGCUGCAGAACGUCAGACUCCCGCCCUCGAAGUCGGAGGACACCCUCUUCCUCGCCAAGUACAAGCACAGCCCCAGGAACCGGUCGGCGACCGUCACCUCCGUCUCCGCCAGCACCAGCCCCCUCCUGGGGGUCAAGCCCAUCGUCUCCGGGGGCUCCUUGCCCAUCGACUCCUCCUCGCUCGCCAUCGCGUCCAGCCGGCUGCGCGUACACGCCAACUCCGACGAGUUCGCCAACCCCGACGUCGGCUUCAAGGCCACCCUGGUCAAGGUUAAGCAACCCAAGCCGACGGCCAGCGUCGCCAGCGUCGCCGCCGUCCCCGCGACGCUGCCGGAGGCGCAGCUACAGGACGCCAAGGACGAGGCCACCCUGAUGCCCGCCCCUUCGCCUGGGAUCUUGCAGGUGUAUGCGGCCUACGAAACCGGCCUGGCUUCUGGAACCAGCUUGAAACUUCACGUGACACCCAGGACUACAGCUCGUGAAGUUGUCGACCUCGUUGUGAAGCAGCUCAACAUGGCCGUGGUCUUGAAGGGUCAAGAAGGACCAAUUUACACAGCCGAUGAGCUGCCAAACUUCUGUCUGGUGGCUGUCAUCGGAGCUAGAGAAAGAUGUUUAAGAGACGACUUCAAACCACUGCAGCUUCAGAACCCCUGGAAGAAGGGCAGACUCUACGUCAGACAGAAGCAAGAUGUCCUCGCAGCUUUGGAGCACAGUAGUAAACACACUGCGUACUUGUAGCACGAAGAAAUCCACUUGGAAACAAAUACAGCGAUCCAGGAAGAGAUUUCAACCGAAGAUGACCGUGAUGGGGAAGAGUGAAGCUGGAAUUGAGGCCCGGAGAUUGAAAUUCAAGGAAAUGUCAGGUACGAUAACUACGGUCCAUGCUGGAAAUAUUUACCUUACGGUGAAGUUGUGGCGGAUAAACUGCUAAUCUUCCUCUCUAAAAUCCUCGGAAGUGUUUUGAAGAUGUUUUACUCAAUGAUUAUAUGAAGAGUGAGAUUAUGGAAGGUGCGAAGGGACAUUACAAAGGGACAUGUAGGAGUCAUUAUUAAAUUCAAGAAACCGUGAUUGGGGAAACAUGAGAUAGUGGAGUUGUGUAAAAAGCAAUCGUGUAAAAUGUGGGAACUCGAAUGGAAGUCGUUUGCGUAGUUAUAAAAAGUGAUCGUGUAAUGGUUCAACUUCGAGCGACGAAGAGUUGUGGUCGAAGUUUAGACACUCGAAUGAGGCUUCGGAGAAAUUGUGUCCAACAUUAAAGAAAGUAAAUAGAAUGCGUAUCUACUUGUAGGGAGGCAUCAAAGAAUUGAACAGUAGAAGUGAGGUUAGAGUGUGCUUUUGUUUUACCGUUCAGUGAAAUCGAAGAGUAGAGUCGUUCCGGAAGGAAGUUCUGUAUCUGCUUCUUCGAAAGAGACUUCGACUACUCCGGAGAGGAGAAACGAAGAUCUUGGAGUGGCACUCUUCGUAGUGCAAUGGUUAGACAACUCUUGAGAACAAUGUCGAAGAGUCGAUAAGGUCACUCGAGUGUUAUCGAAGAGGGGAAAGGAAUCGAAGACGAAGAGGAAACAUUCCUCAUAUUUUAGCUACCGAUCUCAGUGUGUAAUUACGACGAGGAAGCCCAGGAUUCGAUUGCGACGCGUCGGACCGAUUCCGCAGUCCUUUUGUUAAACAAAUUUAGAAAAGGAGGGGGUAUUAUUGUUAACCUCACGUUUUUGAGAAGCUUCGAAGCGGCCGCGCGGUAAUUUCGAACACUCGAAGGAGUCGCUUUUUGAAAUUCCCGCGGGCCGCCAUUUUGCGCGCCGGUCGAAGACACCUUUAUUCGAAAGACGAACGAAUAGCGUGUAAAUAAAUUCGCGAUAAGUUGUCCUGCGAGCUCGUUGAUUAUUGUUCGGAUUUUAUGAAGAACCUCCAGAAGGCGAAAACCAUUUAGCGAAGAUGCGAGGAGAAAGAAACGCUUCCUUGCUAUAGGGAGUUUUUAGCCGCCAUCUUGGAUUCCGAAACGAUUUGCCGCGUUGUAAUAAUUUAACAUAUUUCUUCGACGCACACCGAAUUAAAAAGACGCGAUAGGUUUAUAAAAGCGUGUAUAUUUCAAGGAAGAGUUUAAAUUAUUGUUCUUCUUCGAUAAAACAUGGAUUUAUAUUUAAUGGAAACAUCUGGCUAAGGUAUUUCAAAAAUGGCGUCGCGGAUGCUUUCGAAAUUGUUCGAUAAUUUGGAAAAGAGAGAGAAAUGGCCGUUUCAACGCUUUUUGCAGUUCUUUCGAAAUUCAUUUCGUUUAUGGUUUAAUCGUUUUUCUGGGUUUGAGAAAGAAUGGUUUUGAAAAAGUACGUUUACGGAAUUUAGGGGCACGAAAAUGGCGAAUCGCGACGCGCGGAUCUAAUAGACUGCUUUAGGAUAGGACGAGAGAUCGUUUUUAAUUUAUAGCGUGGAAGAAAAAAAAAAGAAACAGACUCUGCGAUUUUCAAAUUUUAACUACCAGCGUACCUAGGGCUAAGGAGGUUAAAUUUCUCGCGGGCGGUUUCGUUCCGAAAAGUGAAUCUGCAUAAAGAGCAGAUUCGAGACGUAAGGCGCCAUUACGUCGUAUUUACUCAAAAUGGCCGAAUUUUACUCGCUCCUUUAUAAUCUGCAUGAAAAAUCGAGGGGAAAACCUCUUUUGAUAAAUUUCGAGGGACCAGUAGUUUCCGAGAUAUUCGACUUCGAAAGCAACCAAUCAGGGGACGGAUCCAACGGAAAGUCGAAAUAUUUUAGAAUAUUAAUUCAAGAAUUUAAAAAAAACAAAGUUAAAAUUUGAAAUUUCCUAUCGAACGACGAAUAGUUUUCAAUAUUUAUGGAUAUUCGUUGCAUUGUUCUUAAACCUCGAUUCAAAUAUUUCUUCUGGAUUUCCGAAAAUUUCUCUUGGAGCGGUCUCGUGAUUCGUCGACUUUAACGUCGAAUAUCUCGGAAAGUAUUGCGUUCUCAAGAUUUUGAUAAAGAAUUUUUCGACUCGAUUUUACUCAAGGAACAUUUCAACUCAACGUAAACCUAGGGAUAGUGGUGCGCAUAUUUUUUUAUCUGAAAUUAGGGAAACGUUAUGGCGUUUUAGAGCGAAUGUUUGAGGGGAGGUUAGAACGUUUCGCAAUAACAAUGAAGAUAAAACGCGUAGAAGGGAAUUAAAACCGUAGGGACGGCAUUUUGUCGUCAUUUCGAGGUUAUGUCGAUCCAUUUCCGUACAUUGCUUGCAUUAUUAAGAUCAAUUUCCCCUCAAACGACGCUCUAUGGUCGGUAAAGAAGGGAUCCACACAAGCGAACAUCAGAGAGAGAUGUAUUUAGCUCCACUGGAUGUUUAUCGAUGUCUGAAUGUAAAAUCCUCUCGUAGUUUAUCGUUAAUAAUGGCCGCGAGCAAAGACGGGGUUUUGUUUCUCUCGAUCGGGGAUCUGUAAAUAGUAAAUAAUAUAGAUAGUUACUACCGAACGAACGAAGGGGGGCGCGAGAUGCGUUUAAAUAUUUUUAAUCUAUCGCGGAAAGCAAAAUGGCGGAGGAAAAGACAAUUGCAGAGCGCGUUGUUACCGGCGGCCAUGCGCGCGCACAUCGAGGAGUACCACAAAGUACCUACAGAGGGACUCUAAGUGAUUUUACGAGGCGUUAAACGAAAAUAAAAUCUUCACGAACGUGGGAUGUAUGAAGUACAUACAUUUAACUAACCACGAAGGCAGAGGAAUCGAAAGAAAGAGAACAAAGGGACCAUUUUCAAUCUUUAUUAAGACUGCUGCGCAACCCAAUAUGGCGGCACGAGAAAAUUAGAAAAAUAGGAAAAAUAACAGCUUCUUUGUUCUCUCUUUUCGCUGCCUCUGAAAGAAAAUCAAGGGAAUUAUCGAGGUUACUUUGUACAGCUCAUGUUCAUGAAAAUAUGGCGGAACACUAAGAAGUAUUAACACUGGGAUGUUCGUUAAGGUGGUAUGAAAGUCGAAUCCACUUUCGACGGUUUUACUUCGAUUUCUUUAGAAUUAUUCUACCGAAAUGACGUAUGGGAUGGUUUAUUUCGUAUAAAUCUCAUCGUAGAGGGUAAUGAGCCUCAGUAUAAAUAUAAAUGUCGGUAUACGUAGCGCGCCAUGUUACCACUCGAGUAUCCAAAAUGGCGUCACCACGAGAAAGGGUAUUUAUGAAUUCCACUUUACCGACGUCUCUUAAAUUUCCUAGCGCCUUUCAUAUCACCUUAAAACGUGUAAAAAUCGUAACGAACGUUCCAGUAUUUCCAUAUUUCGGUGAUCACGGUACACAACUAUGUAUAAUAGCUUCGAUGUUUAUAUAUACAUACGUUUAGUGAGAGAGAGAGAAAUGGCGAGAGGCUUUGUUCAGUUUUUUCUCAAAGACACUGUGUACGGAGGAACUGCACGAAAUAAAGAGCAACAUUAUAUUUA